AUGGUUUCAAUCCUCCCAGAUGGAAUGUCCAAUAUGGAGGCAACUGUUUCGUUUUUGAUCAUAGACACAAUAGCCCUCAUUUUACGCGUCAUUUCCAGAAUACAAACAAAGGGCACGACGACAACCGGGCGAUUCAUCCGCUAUGAUGACUGGUGGAUUCUCGCAGCCUAUCUGAUACAUCACGAUGGUAUCAGGCACCCUCGAGCCAUAUCUAGUCAUGGAUCCAGAUCACCGAUUGAAAAUGCUUGA